GAAGAAACCUGCUACCUCCUCCCAGGUCUCCAAGCCCUCAACCCCUCCGUCCCAGAAGUCGACCUCGACGCCUACACCUGGGUCCAACCCACCGCCAUCGAAGACGACGAAGUAAUGUUCGACAGCAAGGCCCUAAGUACUUGGUACGAGGAGGAGCGUCGGCGUCUGACAAGCGGGAGCGAGGAUGGCGAGAAGUCAAGAAGUCGG